GUUGUGAUGCGGCGGAUGUAACAGAAGAGUAUAAAGGACGGUUCGUUUGGGAUGCUGCAGUUAACCCGCAGAAGGAGACCAGACCCGCUUUCCUAACAUUCAUAGACGAUUCACUUCAUCACAAAACGAGCCGUUAGUCCGAGUCAUGUCGACGUUUUGUAUCAAACACAAAUGCUCUGGAAAGUUCAUCCAUCCAUCUUCAGGUUGUAGUAACCCGGGCGACAACACUCCGCUGGUCAUACAGCAAGACGUACAUUCCGGAAUGCACUUCGCAUUUGACAAAACAUGUGGCGGGUAUGGUUACAUCAGGCACGUCGGAAGUGGGAAAUGCAUUCAUCCCCAAGGCGGCAGUUGUAACCCAUGCGAUCAGACUGGUCUGGUGCUUCACCAGGACCGCCAUGAGGGUGCCCUUUUCUGUAUUGAUUCAUGCAACAACCGCAUUCGACACCAUGGCGGAAAAUACAUUCAUCCCAAGGGCGGUAGUGCUAAUCCAUGCACCGGUACUCCAGUCGUACUUCAUGGGGACUGUCAUGAAAGGAUGGAGUUUAUCAUCGUCUCUCCAUGCAAUACCAACCAAGAGAUCAACCUGUAGACACAGCUAAGCGUGGAAAUCCAAGGCCUUGACCACUCUCCAAUAUGUUGGUGUACACCCAAUGUACUCUGAAUAUAACCAACUCCUUUUAUUUCUUAGUGAAACUGGCACCCAUAUUACCUUUACCGUACCAACAUGCUGGAUAGUAGUUGUAACGCAUUAAUUUUUUUUUAUGAAUAACUUCACUGUUCCCAAAUCGGGAAGUACCCAAAACGGGACACUUAUGGGAAAACGGCACAAGAAACUGUCAUGCAAUGCAAUGAAGUACUUUUAUGUUUCAUUUGAUUACAUUUAUGACAAUUUAACAGUAUAUCAUUUUAUAUCAUUUUCAAAAGUCUAUUUUAUCAAAACUAAUGCUAGUUUGGAGAAGAAAUGUUUAUCGGAAUUCACUUUGACUCUAAAAUAUUACCCUGAUAGUGUUUCGCGUUCUAUUUAUAGAUCCCGCGCCCGAAAUACCAACCUGUAAUAGAAAUGAAAAGUGGAUAGUAUCUUUCUUUGAAAAUGAACAAACAUUUUUGAAACUAAUAGUACGGUAUAAAGAACAUUGAUAUUUAUCUAAAACGUGUCUCGAUUUGGGUACAUUAAUGUUAUAAUAAUGCUUUUCCACAGCUUCUGAUUAGAAAUCUUGUGUAAACGGAUGCUUACAACAAUGCAAAUAUUGCAUAAAAUACUGCCGUACUGAAGCAACCAUUUUAUUACAUAUACCAAUUUUCAUGCAUAACUUACCUCGACGGAACUUAGUUAACAUCCGCUCCUAUUGAAUUAAAAUCAUAUACCUGCAUGCUGUCUGAAGACAUUUUGUAUCAAACUAUAUUAUCAAUAAAAUACGAAUUAAAUCA